AGAACACAAUCUGACAAUUGCUUUACCUUUGGACACAAUCACUACAAUUCUACAAUGUGCAAUUGCUCUGGGUUGGACAUACCACAUAUUACAGACGGCAACUAUACCGACCACACCUGGCACAGUGUAACCUACGUUUGCGAUGAUGGAUACAUUAUGAAUGGAAAUGCAACACUGUUUUGUGAAAAGUCAACGAGUAGUCAACAAUGGCAAGUCAACCUACCAAGCUGCGUGUCAGCAACAACACCAACAGGGGCAACAACAACAACACCAACAACUACAACAACAACGCCACCACCAACAACACCACCGCCUGGAUCAACAAAUACAGAGCAGUUAUCAACAACAAGCAGGGCGUGGAACGAAUUAUCUUUAGGCGCUUCGAAAUCAUUAUCAACUACAUCUGAUAACCCGAUUUCAACAAAUGCUUCAGGUUAAGCUUUUUCAUUUUCGUUUUCAAGCAAUAUUUCUAGUAUUUGUUAGCAAUAAUACAAUUAAACUCUUUGAAAAGCUAUUACUUUUAACGUGGUUGUCUUAUUUGCAGUAUACUUGCAGUAGUUUAAAACAUAAAUACUGACAGA